GUGAGGCUGGCAAGCUUGCCUCCUUAAGAGGCUAAAGUAAUGCCCCGCGCCUCCUCCUCCUCCCACCCGCUGGGAUCGGAGCCCGCCUGCGCCGCGCGGGCAACCCUCGCCCCGGCCCUCCCAUCUUCACCCAUCCCCGCCUCCUGCCACAAUCUUGGCGGGAAGACGCUAGCUGCUAAGCUGAGUGAAGAUGUCUGGGUCGCGCGCGGAGGCCGAGGAGAAGGCGGGCUCCAGACAGCGACUCCAGGUGAAUGAAUAUAAGGAAAACCAAAACAUCACUUCUGUGUCUCUGAGACCGGUACAGACUACAGUUUUAGGAAGAACAGCUAAGGUGUAUCUCGUCCCCUUUUCACUCAGUAACUACAAGCCAGACCAAUUUAAGCGCCCCAAAUCCCUGUUAGAUAAGAAUUCUAACAAUGAAGUGGCAUGUAAGAAAUGUAAGAAGGCUGAAAUAAAGAAAACUUGCAGAAGGAUUUUAACCCUAAAGAUGGAAGCCACAUCUUCCAAGGCAGAAUCCACUCUGCAAAAAUCAUCCUUAGAUGUUCAUACUGAAAGUAACAAGUGGCAAUACAAGAGCACUUCAGAUACAGUGAUUCUCAGUGCUGAUACGGAAAGCAGCCAGGAUGGAGACAGUGAUGAAGAUACCACACCAGGCCUGGAUGAUUUUUCAGGAUUGUCACCGUACGAAAGGAAGAGACUGAAGAACAUAUCAGAAAAUGCAAACUUUUUUGCUUCUCUUCAGUUGUCUGAGUCAGCUGCAAGACUCCGUGAAAUGAUAAGGAAGAGACAGCCUCCUGAAUCCAAAAGAAAGAAGCCUAAGAAGAAAGAAAAUGGGACUGGAUGUAGAAGAUCAAUGCGAUUACUAAAAGUUGAUCCUUCAGGAGUUUCAUUACCAGCAACUCCAGCCCAGCCAAUAGUAGUAGCAGAUGAAAAUCCUUUGUUACCUCCUGGGCCUUUAGAAAUGACUCCUGAAAAUCGAGAUGGUAACAGUGAACUAUUUAAAGGAUUUCUGCAGACUUGGGCAGAAGUGAGCAAGGUAUCAUUUUGGAGGACAAGAAGUAAAAACACUGUGAAGGAGUUAUCUAGCAUUAAAAGCUACAAAGCCAAUUUAAAUGGUAUGAUCAUUAGUGAAGAUACGGUUUAUAAAGUUACCAAAGGCUCGAUAUUCUCAAUGGCUCUCCAUCCAUCAGAAAUUAAAACUUUGGUGGCAGCUGGGGCCAAAUCUGGGCAAGUUGGACUUUGGGAUUUGACUCACCAACCUAAGGAAGAUGGAGUUUAUGUUUUUCAACCCCAUAGUCAACCAGUUAGCUGUCUUUACUUCUCACCUGUCAAUCCAUCUCACCUGCUGUCACUGAGCUAUGAUGGCACAAUACGCUGUGGGGAUUUUUCCAGAGCUGUUUUUGAAGAGGUAUAUAGAGAUGAAAGAAGUAGCUUUUCUUCCUUUGACUUCUUGGCAGAAGAUGCGUCCACUUUAAUAGUAGGUCACUGGGAAGGAAGUAUGUCGCUAGUGGAUAGGCGGACGCCUGGAACUUCUUGUGAGAAACUUAUCAGUUCUUCUUUGAGCAAAAUAAGAACUGUACAUGUCCACCCAGUGCAUAGACAGUAUUUUAUCACUGCGGGAUUAAGGGAUAUUCAUAUUUAUGAUGCAAGGCGCCUGAAUUCCAGUAGAAGCCAGCCUUUGAUUUCUUUGACUGAACACACAAAGAGCAUUGCUUCUGCCUAUUUUUCACCUCUUACUGGUAACAGAGUAGUAACCACAUGUGCUGAUUGUAAGCUGAGAAUCUUUGACAGCAGCUGUAUAUCCUCGAAGAUUCCUCUUCUCACCACUAUCAGGCACAACACCAUUACUGGGCGAUGGCUGACUAGGUUCCAAGCUAUGUGGGACCCUAAGCAAGAAGACUGUGUCAUAGUUGGCAGCAUGGCUCAUCCACGGCGAGUAGAAGUCUUCCAUGAGACGGGAAAGUGGGUGCACUCUUUUCUUGGUGGAGAAUGCCUUGCCUCUGUGUGUUCUAUCAAUGCUAUGCACCCAACUCGGUAUAUUUUGGCUGGAGGUAACUCCAGUGGGAGGAUACAUGUUUUUAUGAAUUAAGAAAGUUGCGGAGUUUUUGGUUUGGCAACACCAAUUUGUUCAAAUUAAUCAGUGUCUAAGGAGCCUAGUAAUUUAUGUGGCUUAGUCUGUUUACUUGGUAAUAUGUUCUGUUUAACAAAUAUAAAGUUGCUUUGUUAGUAAGCACAGUGAGCAGAAUGUACUUUUAGUAAGAGAGAAGCCUUGGAGGUUGUUUCUAUAGGUUGGGGAGGGAAUUAAAGGGGAGACUGUGAUGCCUUCAGCACUUCUAAUCAGGCAUAACAUUGAGAACUUCUAACAGAAAUUAUAAAGCUUUGAGUGAUCAGUAUUUUGGGUGUUUUCAUGGUUUUGAGUCUAUAGUGACAUAUAGAUUUGUGGUUUAUUUUAUAGUUUGGAGUAAAUAUUUAUUUCUAGACUCAUACACUAGAAGGGGUCCUGAAAGGUCAUCUAACUCAGUGAUUUUGAAAUUUUUAAUUUUUUAAACUGAGCACCCCCCCCCCCCCACUUGCCUCUAAAUUAAAUCUUAACAUGAAAUCCCAAGAAACUGCUGAGAAGCUUCAGUUUACUUGGGCAGGGCCUGGGUCUGUGUAUUGACCCUUUCCCUCCCCCUCCUCUACAGGGCUGCUGAGACACAGCCAAGGAAUCCCAGGGCUUGUAGGCACAGCGUUUGGAUCUGAUUCCUGUAGUCCAGUGUGAGAUCGCCUUCAGACCAAUGUUUCCCAUACUGUGGGUUGUAGCUAUUCAGAUGAAAUCAGUUAGGUGGCCAUGACCAUUGUUAAAAAAAAAAUGAAAAGGAGAGAAAUAGUAAAAAAUAGCAAACAUAAUUAGAAUAAUCUUUUGUGAAACUUAGUUCCAUAUGCAUACAUAUUUGUAGGCAUACAUGCAUAUGUAUAUUCUGAUACAGAAUGUAUUUCUUUAUUACUGUGGUACUGUGGGUCAUGGUUAAAGAAGUGAAAGCUCCUGCCUUAGAAGGUCCCAGACAGCCUUAUCUGUCCUUGUCUUUAAACUCUCCAGAGGAUAUUCAAUAGCCUGGGGAAGUAUUAUGAAAUACCAUUUUUGGCAUUUCUUCAUAAAAAUAUAUUUU